AUGAUGCCUACCCAGAACAAGGUUCCCUGGGACGAUCGCAUGAUAGAAGCAACGCUGGUCAAUCCUUUGAAGUCCAGUCAAGAUAUGUACAGAAUUACCAGUACCAAGCUGCAGUUGGCCGCUCCAUCGGUACCUUACAUGAAAGUCAUGACGAGACUUACGCAAUCCCUCGCUCAUCACCCAACCAGCCAAACUAAUGUCACAGCGCAGCACCCGGGUUUGCCGCAUAAAAUUAUUUCUCAGAUGCCUCCCAGAGUAUGGGGCGAUGCUGAGAACCCCACCGACUCUUCACAUUCCUGCACUAUUCUGGGUGAAGGCAGUGUUAGCCCACCUAUAUUUCUACGUGCACAUAUUUUUGGUGCUGCAGGCCUCGUUGCACUUAUCGUUGAUCAGUUUCGGUGGUAG